AUACAACUUAAAGUAUAUAUAUGCAAGCUCAGCUCUGCUGGAGACACACAGCAAGUACGUUCCUCCCAACCAGAUUGCUUCCCUAUCCAGUCAAGAAGACCACAAAGUUCAACAAUGGCCAUCACUGACAUCCUUUCUGCUAAAGAUAUUGAAUCUGCUCUCUCCAGCUGCCAGGCUGAUGAUUCCUUCAACUACAAGUCUUUCUUCUCCACGGUUGGUUUAUCCAGCAAAACUCCUGAUCAGAUAAAGAAAGUUUUUGGAAUCCUUGAUCAGGACAAGAGUGGUUUCAUUGAAGAAGAAGAGCUUCAGCUGUUUCUGAAGAAUUUCUCUUCGAGUGCUAGAGUCCUCACCUCCGCGGAGACCAAGGCUUUUCUGGCUGCAGGUGACACUGAUGGUGAUGGCAAAAUUGGAGUGGAAGAAUUCCAAUCUCUGGUGAAGGCAUAAACAGCAUUAGACCAAAAGCAACCUUGGACUGACUCUUCCAAUUACCUCGUCCAACAAGCACUUCACAUUCAGCAUGUGUUUGUACAUUUUUAUAUUGUUUCAGGCGUUAACAAUUCCCCAUACAUCAAGUUCACACACCGGAUUGCUGAGAAAUCUUGAAAUGUACAGAUGUUUUGGUCAUGUGGUGUUGUUACAUUUCCACUGUAAAGAAGGCACUUUGUGAUUUUUCAACCACUCAUAAUGUUGAAAUUCUGGCUGGAAGAGGGGAGGAAAAGAAUU